AUGGGACGUCACAUACAGUUAGGAAUAAUAACUGCCAUCUUAGUAUGCAAUUUAUGUAUCACUGCCAAUGAAGGCAUAGAUAGGCGAUAUUUGAAUGAACAUAUGCUGAUAGAUCCAAUAGAUAGCUUUUCAAUAAAUUUUAAUAAUUUAGAAAAUAAAUUUGACAACCCAAGGUUAUCAAAAAUGUUAAAUUAUAAUAUCAGAUUUAAUAAAAGAUCUCUACUGAAUAUAUCAGAAGAAGCAAGAAAGACCGGUAAUGAAGAUUAUAAAGAUUUAGAAUAUUUUAAUACCGAUCAUGUAAAAGCAAAUGCAAAUGAACUCUUGGAUAAAAAUAAGACGAUAAGUAAUGAUACAAAAGAUCUUGCAAUUUCAUCAGAAGUAGAGUUUACAACUGAAUAUGAUCAGUAUAAUUUCACCGACGAGCCUUGUGUUGGCGAUCCUGAAUUUUGCAAUAUGACCAAAGAAGAAUAUCUGGAGAUGUUAAAUGAUUAUAUCUACCCGCAGCCAUACGAAUGGGUACUUAUAGCGACCCAUGCCAUUGUAUUUGUUAUUGGUUUGAUAGGAAACGCGUUAGUGUGCAUAGCUGUUUACCGAAAUCACUCUAUGAGGACAGUUACUAAUUAUUUUAUUGUAAAUUUGGCGGUCGCCGAUUUUAUGGUUAUUCUUAUAUGCUUACCGCCGACGGUAUUGUGGGACGUAACCGAGACUUGGUUUUUCGGCACUGCUAUGUGUCGGAUUGUUUUAUAUUUUCAGUCAGUCUCAGUGACGGUAUCGGUGCUCACACUAACUUUCAUCUCCGUGGAUCGUUGGUAUGCCAUCUGCUUUCCGCUCAAGUUUAAGUCAACUACAGGACGUGCCAAGACGGCUAUACUCAUUAUAUGGCUUCUGUCACUGCUAUUCAAUGUACCGGAGUUUGUAGUACUACAGGUGCAAAGGAAAAUGCAGUUACGAUUUAAUGUGCAAUACUUUAUGCAGUGCACAUCAACCUGGUCAGACGACAGUGAUCUCAAGUGGCAUAUCAUAAAGGCUCUUUUCCUUUACACGUUCCCGUUACUUUUAAUGAUGAUUGCGUACUGUCAAAUCGUGAGGGUCUUAUGGAGAUCGGACAAUAUACCCGGCCACACAGAAUCUCACAAACUUUGCUCAACACCAAGCGGUCCAAACAAUUGGUUGGCAGCAAGCCGACGGACCACACCUUCGAUCCACGCUAACGCAUCAACAGAAGGACAGCUAAGAUCUCGUCGGAAAGCAGCAAAGAUGCUGGUAGCAGUGGUUGUCAUGUUCGCAGUUUGCUACUUCCCCGUUCAUCUGUUGUCAGUCCUGAGGGUGGCUUACGACGUACAACAAAGCGACGUGAUGACAUGCAUAGCCCUGAUCUCGCACGUUAUGUGCUACGCGAAUUCUGCCGUCAAUCCACUUAUAUAUAACUUCAUGAGCGGAAAAUUCCGUCGAGAAUUUCACAGGUCCUACUUUAAGUGUUUCUGUUGCUGCUUCAGUCCGACUCCUGAUCAAAAUGGAACCUCUUUCGCUGCCAUUGGCAGUUCAAGGACUGGUACUACUCGAACCAUCGUAAGACGAAACGACUCAUGCGCCAGUUAUAGAUUGACACAUCUGUCACCUUCCAAUCACCACAGCAUACACCGAGAUUGUGGAAGAAACACUAAUACAUCGUUUAUCGAAAACAACAUGAACGGUAAUAGGCGGCCUAAAAUUAGGGACGACUCCAUAAGUGAAUCGGCUUCAGCACGGUUCACUUUAGCAACUGAUGUUGGCAAAGAUUGA